GGCAGCCCAAAGAGACUGGGCCUCCAGACUGGGUAAUCCCCUGGGCUCAUUGCCCCGCCCCUCCUCGAAAGGUGCUAAUCAAUCAGAAUGCUAUCCAAAAACCCCGCUUGAGUCACCAGCUGUGCGUAGUUGAUUGUUAUUCCGCUGCUCACUGGCGAUCUCGUUCUGCAGCCUGAGCUUACGGAUAGCUCGGAUCGAGUUUUACUCGCUGGCAUCUGGCAGGGCUGAACUCAGUCGCCGCCGAUCUUCCACUGCGAAAGGUUUGGGGCUCGAAAGCUGGCUAGCCUGCACUUCGCAUCUCUAUAUAAAACUACAAGCUGUUCUCAACGCGACAGCCUAACUGAAUUAAUCCCGAUCUCGAGUGACAAUUAGCGAUUAACGAGCGGUUGACGCCAUCAGAAAUGCAGUGGCUUACAUCGGUUUUGGUGGGGCUGUUCGCCUCGUUCUUAUCAAUAUCAAUGUGCGUGGCUGUGGAACCGCCCGAUGAUGGCAAAUUGCGGGUUUGUGUGGUCGAAUCGCAUGGCAACUAUCGGAAAACCCCCAAGUUCUGCCCGCUGCUGGAGGCCAAGAGCAACAUCGAGUGCGUCAUCGGCGUGGACCGGCUGGACUGCGUGCGUCGGAUCCACAAGGGCACUGCCCACUUCGGAGUGCUCAGCUCGGAGGACCUGGUGGCCGCCCGCUGGGCCAGCGUGGAGAUUCUGGUGGCCAGCGAGCUGCGAUCGCACGAGUCGCACUUUGAGUACGAAAUAGUGGCUGUGGUGGACAAUGGGGCCAACAUCCACACGGUCCAUGAUCUGCGGGGGGCCAAGCUGUGUCACCCGGGCUACGGAUUGGGCAACCACUGGACGGAGGUGCUGGCCAGUUACUUUGAAGCUGCCAUGGUGUCCAAGACCUGCGAUCCCGAGUUGACCGUCACCGAGGAUCGGAUUGCCUCCUCGGCCAAGUUCUUUGGUCCCAGCUGCAAGGCCGGUCCCUGGGUGCCCGAUCCCCAGCAGGAUCGCGUCCUGAAGAGUCGCUAUCCCUCGCUGUGCGAGAUGUGCUAUGAUCCCCACAACUGUGACAAGAACGACAAGCACUGGGGGCGACGUGGUGCUCUCUACUGUCUGACCAGUGGAGGUGGCAACGUGGCCUGGGCUCGACUGGACGAUGUGCGCAGUCACUUUGGGUUUUCCGGCGUUCCGGAGCAGGCGAACCCCUCGGAGUACAGCUACCUCUGCCCGGAUGGCCACCUGCAGCCCAUCAACGCCACCCAACCAUGUGUGUGGGUGGCCAAGCCCUGGCCCGUGGUGGCUGCCCGCCGCACCCAUGCUGCCCAAAUCCAGCGUUUGGUCACUGGCCUCAGUCACGACGAGCCGGACAGCUGGCAGCACGCUCUGCUGAGCCUCCUCGAGACGUACCACGUGUUUACCGUCCCCCUGGACAAUGUGAUAUCCAUUGAUGACUACCUGGACCAGGCUCCCGCCUUCCAGUCGGCAUACAGCUUCCCGGAGUGCAAUCCGCCGCGUUCGAUAGUCGUAUGCACCACGUCCAUCAUCCAGCACAUCAAGUGCUCCUGGCUGCAGGAGGCCUCGCAGGUGUACGGUGUCCAGCCGAAUAUCCAGUGCGUGCGGACCACGGACGUGCUGCAGUGCCUGGACGACACCAAGUUCAAGGCCGCCGACGUGGUUCUGGUGGAUCAGGAAACGCGGGUAAAGGCCCAGCGGGAUUACAAUCUAGUGCCGCUGCUGUACGAGUUCGCCACGGAUAUGCAUGAUCGGUAUGUGACCAUUGCCCUGGUGCACAAGGAUGCCAAGUUCCAGAGCUUCAACGAUCUCAAGGGAGCCAGAGCCUGCCUGCCCUCCUACGAGGGAGCUGCCCAUUUGUCGGUCCAGGAGACGAUAGUGAAUGCCACGGGCAAGGUGCACUCGCUGCAUUCCUUCUUCCACCGCGACUCCUGUUUGUGGCAUCCGGAGGAGGGCAGGAAGUGCCCGCUGCACUACCAGGGCGACGAGGGCGCCCUGCGUUGCCUUUCCGAGGGCGCCGAGGUGGCCUUCCUCAGUUCGGAUGUGUACAACAAGUAUGUGGGUGGCAAUCUCACCGCAAACUGGUUAAAGACUGGCAGCCACAAGGACUUCCGCGUGCUGUGCCCCUAUGGAGGCAUCGAAAAACGCUCCAACUUCAAGUACUGCUACCUGCAUUGGACCACCCGCGGCCACCUGAUGACCCACAAUUCCUCGUUGACGCGUUACCAUGAGAUCUACAAUUCCCUGCGCGACAUGGAUCAGUUGUUCGGCAGGAAGUACAAGAGUGAGACGCGUCCCUUUACCCUCUUCGGCAUCUUCGACAAGCAGAACGAUGUGCUCUUCCGGGACACCACCGACGGACUGCUGGGCCUCCAGGAGCUGCACCGCGAUAAUGCCAAGCGGGUGAUGGAGCCCAUCUACGAUCGGUAUGCCAACACCCAGUACUACAAAAGCAAUGACGAGAGUGGAGCCACGAGAUUCAGCCAUAAUUACUGGAUUUUGAUCUUCUGCUCCUUUUUCGCACUGUGGCGUAAAUCGUCUUAGUACCGAGCUCGAAUCUAAUCUUAUUUAUUGUGAUAUUAUGCUAAACUUAAGUUAAGAAUAACAAAGCUUCAACCAGAGCUAUAUCACCAAAA